AUGACUGUUGAUACGUCUGGCUACCGCCAGGAGAAGAAUGGCAGUGCCAACGGAAUAGUGCCACAUAGAACACCAUCCCCAACGGAAAGAGCAAGUGUUCGAAGUCAGAGGGCCCGAAAACCAGACAUGCCGAUACAGUUCAAGGUGAGCCAGUUGUCAGCCUCGCCAAGCAGCCACAAUGACUCAGAAAGAUCAGUCACUCCGGAUUCGAAAAGGACUCCCAAAUCCAAGGGGUUGAACAUGUUUGCCGUGUCACCAUUAGCAUCUAGGAGCACAUUGCACAGUCAAGCAGGUGGAAGUGCCACACCUCAGCCACUGACCUCAGCAAAGAGGCGAUCAUCGGUACUAUCAAACAACACGCCCAUGCCCCUACUAUCAGAAUCCGACAAUGAGGCAGAGCCUCCUGUUGUCACAGUGCCAAGUAAAAAGUCGCCACCGCCAAACUACGACAUCCCACUACCGCUGAGCGAGCAGCUCCUACAAAUGAGUAUCGAUGAUCAACUAAGGAUACUCGCACUUAAAGAGAUGGCAAUUGUGCAAAUCAAGGACCAAAUCCAAAGCUUGAACGCCAAAUUGCGUGCAGAGGAGGGUGAGUUGCACAAGCUACGAGAAGUGGUGCAAAGAUCGUUGUAUCAGGAAAUCAGCGGUGCAGCAAGCAACACUGCUAAUAAGGUGAACAGGCAAAGGACCGACUCCAAUCCAAGGGACCAGGCCAUUGAGAGCAUCAGGGCCAAAAGGCGAUCUUCAUCGGGUGCAAGCUUGGGACAAGAGCAGAGCACGACUGAAGAUGGAGGUAAGCCAUCGAAGUUGUGGAGUGGGUUGACCAAACCGUUUAAUAUGUUGCAACAAUUUGACACAAUGCUUCAGAAUGAGUUUGAAAAGUCGUUGGUAUUGGACAAGGAGAGGCAGGAGCUGCAGAAUCAGCAGCAACAGAAGCAGCAGCAACAGAAGCAGCAGCUACAGCCGCAGCUACAGCCGCAGCGGUCGAGGGAGCAGACAAGACUGUCUCAUCAACUGCGCAACUCGGAGGACUCGACCGCAAGUACCGGCUCAAUUUCGUCCCCCUUGCGAUAUCAAACCGCACAAACUUUGACAGACUACAGGAACAGUGAAGCCCGAAGAUCGGACGACAUGAUCCAAACAGUGUCGUCUUCGAUAUGGUCGUUUGUCAACGACGUAAAACAGAACGUCUUGUCAUCAUUGAAUGAAGAGGAAAUGGCAGUGAGUGAUGGGUUUGAUGUCGACGAUCAGUCCAUUGAUUUUUCCAUGUACAAGCGGUAA